AUGAGACGUAUACCAUCUUCGGACGAUCCUCGUCGGGACUUUGUGAGAGCCUAUUCGGGGCCUUUGUUUGCCACUACCUUUGAUUUUGGUGUUCUUUGGAAUAAAGUGGAAAACGUAUGCAAUAAGAUUCUUGGCUGGACAGACUCACCGGAUUUUGUGGGGCAGACGGCAAUUCAACAAGUCGUUCGUGCAUAUACAGUUGUAUAUAGGUUGGUUUCGGUUCCUUGUUUGGAGUGUCCCAAAUUGGUUCGUGGCGCAAAUGCUCAGCAGGACCCCAUUGAGGGCGGGUGUGAGGGGAGACAGGCACUUGUUGUGUACUAUCUGUUACGUGAAACAAUACGCAAACGAUUAUUAUCGGUAGUUAUCCAUCGACUCAAGCUGUCACUUAAAGCUGAACCACCCACUUUGCUGCAUGUAUACUUGUCUGAAUGGAGGACCUUUAUUGUUGCUGUGAAUCACUUAAAGGUGAUAUUUUCCUAUCUUCACAGCCCUUGGCAAAAGCGUGAAGUGCCUUCAGAUCAGCCCCUUUUACCAACAGAGGUUGUGGCGCUAAUUCAAUGGGGUGAAAUAAUAAUGUCUCCAGAAAUAUGUGGGAGUUUGACAGAGCAAAUAUUUAGUCUUAUUUCACAAGACAGGCUUCAUCGAUUAGAUGAGGAAUCUACCCGCCUUGUACGAGGUCUCUCACAUUCCUUGGCGGCGUUGAAUGAUCCACGGCAUACAGCAUAUUCUUCUUUGAUUGAGGAGCCUUAUUUUGUGCAUCUGGAGCGUUUUUACAAAGCGAAUAUUAAUGUUUUAAAAUCAGGUGGUAUUUUGUCUUAUAUAGAACGAUCUCUUGUUAUAUUCGAGGACGAAACAGAACGUGUCAAUCGCAUCUUGAACAAGUGCACAAUGCUUCCUAUGUUACAACGUUUGUCUGAGAUCCUUAUCGAGUCUGAGAUUGACUACAUUAAGCCACAUUUAUCUGUAUGGAUACUCAACAACCGUGGUUAUAUUUUGAACAAAAUGUUUCAGUUACUUUCAAAAAAUUCCAAAGGUUUGUUAUUGCUGAAGGAGGUCUUUGAGAAUGCUGUUUUUAAAAAAGGAUUAGAGGAUAUUAGCAAAAUAUGUGAGGACAGCUUGAGAUUGAAGGAAAAUGUCUACAAGACUGUUCUUGAGGGGAUUAUGUCUGUACAUCAAUAUUUUGUAAAAGUAAAUGAAUCCUUUCAGGGUAAUGAGGUUCUUGAAACGGCGAUGCUUUUUGGACUUGAGAGAAUUUUGACCUCUCUUUCAUAUGUAAAGAGUUAUCAUAUUUUGGGAGAGGAAUUGGCUCUUUUUGUUCACACAAAACUGAUAUCUACAGAAUCCAAAGAAGAAUGUGAAGUUGCCUUGAAGGAGGUUGUGAAUGUGUUUCAGAUUCUACCGUCAAAAAGUUCUUUUCUAGAAGCAUAUCCGAAAUAUUUGUCUACUAGACUUUUAUUCGAAACUUAUUCCGAGGAACACGAACGUCUUGCUAUUCAGACAAUAUCUGAAGCCAGUGGUUGUACUUCUGACUUUGUGUCCAGAUGCGUGAUUAUGCUGACAGAUGUUACGGAAAAUAGUGUUUCACUGCGCGAUAUGUUUGACUCGAAAUAUGCAAAUGCCCAUGGUAAAUCUAUAACAUGGUUGUUUCAUCCUAGUGUUCUCACAAGCUAUUCGUGGCCAGAUGCUUCUUGUGACGUACAGCUUUCAACACCAAGCAUUUUGUUGCCUAAGUUGAAUGAAUUCCAAUUGUUUUAUUCGCAAGUCCGUCCAAAGCGUCAUAUCACGUUUGUUCCGCGAUGCUCCUAUGGCUGGGUAAAGAUGGUCUUGCCCAGAGGUUCUCGCCUACCGAGCAUAGAUUUGCGUAUUGGACAAUUUCAACUAUUACUUACAGAAUGCUUCAAUAAUCGAGCAGAGUGGUCUAUUUCAAAAUUAUUAGAGACAAUGGAAGUGACGAACAAAGAAUUUUUUUUGCGCUCCCUGAACUCAUUUGCUGGUUAUGGUGUUCUUGAAGUUUAUGAUGAGAAUGGACCGGUUGAGCUUCCCUUGAAAUCAGUUGUGACAGAACAGUUUGUUCGCUUUGGUUCGAACCCGGACACAAGAAAAAGGAAGUUGAAUCUUUUUUCAUCUGAGUGGGGGGGAUGCUUUCAGGCCACUACAGCAUCUAGUAAUGAUUUAGCUAAUGAUCCUGUAGAUGCUUCUCACCAUGUUGUAGACCAGUUGAAAGCUCCUGCGAUUCAAGCGACACUUGUUCGUGUAUUUAAGUCCAAUAUUGCGCUUUCUUUUUCUGAACUUGUGGAGAAGGUCAAAGAUGAGUCUCUUCAAAAGUUUAUGCCUUCCGUUCAACAGGUAAAGGUGGCGUUGGAAUUUCUUAUAAGCCGUGGUUUUGUAAUCAGGGACAAUUCGGAAGGGGGACGCUUUUUAUACAUCUGCUGA